ACUAAACCCUGAAGCGGAGGUUCUACUGGUUGCCGCCUCCGCCCUAAAACACGAUGCUAAAAAUCCGAUCAGCCGCCGCCGCCCGAGCGGCGGCCCGGCGGCUGAGGCCCUCCGCCAGCCGCAGUAGCAAUACCGGAACUCCAUUGAAUAAUUCAAUUCAUCCUCCGUUAGCCUCCCGAGCUAAGGCGCACUUCAUCAAUAGAAGUGGAGCUAGGGAUUUUGUUUCUUCUUCGAUUAGAUUGUUCUCGACUUGCUCUAUCUCCAAUUCUAGCGCUAGCGUUGAUAAUGCUGACGCCGACUCCGAAGCAGACGCCGCGGCGGCAGCGGAGGCGGCUUACUUGUCAAUGCGUAACGCGGCGAUGGAUGACGCGUUCCAUGCGAUCGAAUUGGCGUUGGAUUCGGUGGUGAAGAUUUUCACGGUAGCGAGCAGUCCGAGCUAUUUUCUGCCUUGGCAGAACAAGUCUCAGCGGGAAUCCAUGGGCUCUGGAUUUGUUAUUUCGGGAAGGAGAAUCCUGACCAAUGCCCACGUUGUGGCGGAUCAUACUUUUGUGCUUGUGAGAAAGCACGGCUCUCCUGCCAAAUAUAGAGCACUUGUCCAGGCUGUUGGUCAUGAAUGUGAUCUGGCUAUCCUUAUGGUCGAAAGUGAAGAGUUCUGGGAAGGGGUGAACUGUUUGGAGCUUGGCGAUGUUCCCUUCCUCCAAGAGUCCGUUGCAGUUGUCGGUUAUCCACAAGGUGGCGACAACAUUUCUGUCACCAAGGGGGUUGUCUCUAGGGUUGAACCAACUCAAUACGUGCAUGGCGCAACCCAGCUGUUGGCAAUACAGAUUGACGCAGCUAUAAAUCCUGGCAACAGUGGAGGCCCAGCAAUAAUGGGUGACAAAGUUGCAGGAGUAGCAUUUCAAAAUCUUUCUAAUGCAGAGAAUAUUGGUUAUAUUAUUCCCGUACCUGUGAUAAAGCGUUUCAUUGAGGGUGUUGAAGAAACUGGUGAUUAUGUUGGAUUCUGCUCCAUGGGUUUGUCUUGCCAGGCUACUGAGAAUGCCCAACUACGGGAACACUUCAAAAUGCGUCCUGGCAUAACUGGGGUGCUUGUGAAUCGGAUCAACCCAAUAUCUGAUGCGUACAGGGUUCUCAAAAAGGAUGAUAUCAUACUUUCAUUUGAUGGUGUGCCGAUAGCUAAUGAUGGAUCAGUUUCCUUUCGGAAUAGAGAGCGAAUAACAUUCGAUCAUUUAGUCUCCAUGAAGAAACCUGAUGAUACUGCUCAAGUUAAAGUAUUGAGAGAUGGUGAAGAGCAUGAGUUCACCGUUGCCCUUCGUCCACUACAGCCUCUUGUUCCUGUCCAUCAAUUCGAUCAGCUACCAAGUUAUUUCAUUUUUGCCGGUCUUGUCUUUGUUCCCUUGACACAACCGUAUCUUCAUGAGUACGGAGAAGAUUGGUACAAUACAUCACCCCGUCGGUUGUGUGAACGAGCUCUGAAAGAACUUCCGCAGAAAGAUGGCCAACAGUUUGUCAUCCUCUCUCAGGUACUCGUGGACGACAUCAACACGGGCUACGAGCGGCUUGCUGAGUUUCAGGUGAAGAAGGUCAACGGAAUCGAAGUCGACAACUUGAAACAUCUACGCCAGCUAGUAGAAGACGGUAGCAGUGAGAAUAUCAGAUUCGAUUUGGAUGAUGAGAGAGUGAUUGUGUUGAACUACGAGAAGGCGAGAAUAGCCACAUCGCGUAUACUAAAUCGCCAUAGAAUUCCAUCUGCCACAUCGGCCGACCUCAUCGACGACCACCAAACUGUAUCUGAUAUUCAGCUUCCUUGAUCCAAGUGAGCUUCCUAUUUUUUCGUGUAUUAUUACAAUUUUUAUCCUGACAUCAACUAUUUCCUUCUCUUUACUUCAAUUCGAGUUUCAGUACA